CAGUCCAUGACACUUGUCACUGUGUGGGGCAUUGCUCUGUCACCUUGUCCUCCCUGUGAUCUCCAGAUUGUGCCUCUAGAGUGGUUUUUCCUCCACCAAAUCCACGGGAAACUAGGAGGAGGAGAGUUUUAAGGACAGAGAUUUGUGGUUUGUUUGUUGUUGUGGAUGGGUUUUUUUUUUAAGGAGCAAAAAAGAGAGAGCACACACGUGAUAAAAGUGCAUAGGAUUAAUCAAGGAUUUUUCUUUAGAGUGUUGGGGACUCGUGGCCAGGAAUAGCUUCUAAAGCACACAGUUCACGUCCCUCUCAGGUCAAGGAUCCCCCCUGCGUCUCUUUCCCCCCUCCCUUACAAAAGAAAGAGGAGGGAAACAAUCUCUCCCUCUCUCUCCACCUCCUGCCUGGUGUUCUUGGAAGUCCAGCCGGAUUGUCCACGAGGUCUCUUGGGGGGGGGAUUUUACAUCCAAACUGGGAUCUAUGAGCGGGAAGGUGAUCAAGUCAAAGGAUGAGAAAGAUGCUUCUAAAGUUAUGGAUGACGCGCUCCCUGGCACACAGGAAUAUAUUAUGUUACGGCAAGAUUCCAUCCAAUCUACGGAAUUAAAGAAAAAAGAAUCCCCCUUUCGUGCUAAGUGUCACGAAAUCUUCUGCUGUCCUCUGAAGCAAGUGCACCUCAAAGAGAACACAGAACCUGAAGAACCACAGCUUAAAGGCAUUGUAACAAAACUGUACAGCCGACAAGGGUAUCACUUGCAGCUACAAGCAGAUGGAACUAUCGAUGGCACCAAAGAGGAAGAGAGCACCUAUACUUUGUUUAACCUCAUACCCGUGGGUUUACGAGUGGUGGCGAUUCAAGGCGUCCAAACAAAAUUGUACUUAGCAAUGAACAGUGAAGGAUACUUGUACACAUCGGAACAUUUCACGCCAGAAUGCAAGUUCAAAGAAUCAGUUUUUGAAAACUACUACGUGACCUACUCCUCUAUGAUCUACAGACAACAGCAGUCAGGAAGAGGCUGGUAUUUGGGUCUUAACAAGGAGGGAGAAAUCAUGAAAGGAAACCAUGUCAAGAAAAACAGACCUGCCGCGCAUUUCCUUCCCAAACCAUUAAAAGUGGCCAUGUACAAAGAACCUUCCCUCCAUGAUCUUACAGAAUUUUCGCGGUCUGGCAGUGGGACCCCCACGAAAAGCAGAAGUGUCUCAGGAGCGCUAAACGGUGGAAAAUCCAUGAGUCAAAACGAAUCGACGUAGCCAGGUUGAAGGAGCAACAGGAGAGACGUGUCGAUGGAAUCUUACCUCUGGAAUCACAGUUGAAAACACUUUCUUACCUGUCUACCGUCCAACUGGACGAGCCAACAAACUGGCAUAGGUCACAUUGUCUCAUCAGUCAUUUAGACCUUCUGGUUGUUCAAAAAUAAUAAUUAAAAUUUAUUAAUAAUAAAAAAGGAGAGAUCCCAAAAAUGUAGAAUGUGCUUGUGCAAUCACACAAGGAUAGUCAGACAAAACAUAACUUGUGGCAUAACAUUGCAGAGCAGAAAUGUCCAUCUUGCUCACACUCUCUUUUUUUCUUUAUUCUCACCUGUGCUUUGUGGUGGGGGGGGAGUAAAAACCAGGAAAAAAAACAUUUUCACAGCUCUUGACGGCUGAUUUGAAUUUGCUUUCCAACCAAGACAGAAAUCCAAUCAAAGACCACUUUUUUAAAACAAAUAGAAUAUGUGCACUUCAUAGUUUUUUUCCCUCAGCUUUCCAUUUUAUAUCUCUUAAGGCUUGAUAAGGAUAACAAAUCCAAGGUAUUCUUUUAAUUUGGAAUAGUGCAACUUUCUGAUUCCUUAACUCCAAUGGGUCUUCUUCAGAGCUGUGUCUUUACAAGCAAAAUAAUGGUAACAGUAGUAUCAUAUUUUUUAAAAAAAUCAGGUUUGGAGCUGAAUCUCAGUAUCUCAGGCUCCAGCGAAAAGUGUUCUUGUGAUUUUAAAACACGCUGAAAUAUAUACAAUUUUUUAUAGAUUUGUAGUAUUCUGUUUAAAGUCCUUGUGCUGACCCCAGUCUGUAGGAACCAAGGUGUUACCAUUAACCCUCUAGUCAAUGGAAGAUAAUGUUUUCUUUUGUUUUUAAGAAAAGGAGGGGAUGAAAUUAUCCACACUAUGUAGAUUUUCUUUUUCUCUCACUCCCCGCACUCCACUUUCUCUUAAUUACAUGUUGUGUAUAAAAAAACACAAACUGUCAUUGUGGCUUCUUUUUUCUAAAGACAGAAACUGUGGAAUUAAGGUGACUUAAUUUUUUAUAAGAAAAAAAAUCUUGUUUGUAAAAAAAAAAACUUUUACUUACAUGAAAUUGGGGUAGAAAAGAAGCAUUAUGACAUACAACCCCUAAAGAAUAUCUACAUGCUGUUGGAAAGGGAACCAUGAUCCAUCUCUUCUGCCCACAGAGAGUAAAACCAAUUUCAGGUGUUACAAUUAGGGUGAUGAAAACAUGGGGGGAGGGGGCAGGGUCACAGUCCUCACCCUUGUGCCAUUGUGCUUCUCUCCUUCCAACCCGUGGAAAGCAAACUUCUGCAACAAGGACCCUGUUUAUUUAUUUAUUUAUUACAUUGAUAUACCGCCCCAUAGCCAAAGCUCUCUGGGCGGUUUACAGUAAUUAAAAACAUUAAAAACAAAUAUACACAUUUUAAAACACACACAAAAAAUUUAAAAACACAAUUGAAAAAAAUUAAAAUCAAUUUAUUGUAUUGUUGGAGGCUCCCCUGUAAAAAUCAUAGUUCUGAAAUGUAUCUGGAGCAUCCAUGAAUACAAAUGGCACACAUACCCCUGCAGAAGUUCACCUUCCUCAAAUUGGAAGGCAAUGAGAUCAAUGAUGGCGGCAGAGAGGUUAGAUCUGGCAUGCUUGUUCCUGCAUCUCCCCCCCCAUGUGCUCAUAUUAAUGUAAUUGUAAUGCCUGAAGAGGCUUAAAGUUCAAGGGGAGAUGAAUUGUAGUCCUGCCUUGGAAAGGAACAAGCUGUGGGAUAAUGUUUAGGGUGUGUCUUGGCUUGCAUGCAUUGCACUCACUCUGGUGUGGGGAUGGCCUGGUGGGAGAGAGAUCUGGUGCAUUCCUGCAUGGAGCCCAUAUGCACCUUGCUGUCUUCUUGCAGGAGAGUUUGGAUCAUGCCCUUCUUGUCCUUUUUUUUUUUGAAAGAAAAAAACUUUUUAAAAAUAAAAUAAAACUCUUUUGUUAGGUUUCCAUUUAGUUCCUCAUAUCUGUUGCAUGGGAGAAAGUUGGACUAUUGGUUUAAGAGUUGCAUGACAUGUUACAAUUUCGUGCAUUGCUCAGCAUCAGAAUCUGUUGCAGAUAUGUACAAAGCGGACUUGGAUCAGUGGGAGCUAUUUCUGGCUGCUUUGUACAAAGGAGAUGUUUAUUAUUUGUUGUAUACAACCAUGCACUGAAUAAACCAAUUUAUAUUA